AUGUCCGUCAACGUGCCUCCGGGCGAUGGUACCACCAUAUCCGGCGGUGGGAUCCCCGCCCCGAACGCGGCAAACGCAAAUGUCGGCGCCGCUGCCGAUCGCAAGGAGCCCUCGCCCCAGCAGAGCAGCGGCGGUAAUGUCGACGACGAGGAGGCCGCCGAGGAGGAUGCCGAGAGCUUCCCCAAGUUGUCCAGAUGGAGGAGCAUACUUCUGACGGCUGUUAUUUCGACAGCCGGACUACUCACUGUGCUCAACGUGCAAUCAGUAGUCAUCUUGUUGCCCUCCAUGUCCGCCGAGAUCGGGAUCCCCGCCGCCCGCCAGCAGAUCGUCGUCUCCAUCUACAACAUCUCAACGGGCAGCCUGAUGCUGCUCUGGGGCCGGAUCGCCGACAUCUACGGCCGCCGACUUGUCUAUCUCGCCGGCUCCGGCCUUUUCACCGUGAGCAAUCUCUGCCUGCCCUUCACCAAGUAUGAGGACCCCUUUAUCUGGUCUUGUUGUGCCUCGGUCUUCUCACCCCUGACUAACCGCUUUCUUCCCCUUCCCAUCACUAGAUAUGAGAUUCCCUUUCACAUCGUCCGCUUCCUCCAGGGCAUGGGCGCCGCCGCCAUCAUCCCCUCGGGCAUCGGCAUAGUCGCCUCGACCUUCCCCCGCGGCAAGGCUCGCAACAACGCCUACGUCUGCAUCUCUGCCGUCGCCUCCGUCGGUUCUGUCCUCGGCAACAUCUUUGGAGGCGUCAUCGGCAGCCUGCUGUCCUGGGAGUGGGUGUUUUGGAUCCCUGCGAUCCUCGCCGCCGUCGCCACCGUGCUGGCCUACUUCGUCACGAACACGCCUCACCUCCGCUCGUCGUCCGCGGGCGCGGCGGCGGCUCGCAGCGGCAAGGGCGUGGACUGGAUCGGCGGCGUCCUCGUCUCGAGCAGUCUGGUGCUGCUGCUGGCGGCCUUCACCCAGGCCAACGUCAUCGGCUGGUCGACGCCCUGGAUCCCGCCGCUCAUUGUGGGAUCCGUCCUGCUGCUGGCCGCCUUUUGCUUCUGGCAGCACCGCCUUGAGAAGCUGAACAACCGAGCCAAGGAGCCCCUGGUGCGGAUUUCCAUGUUCAGGAACCUGCAGUUCUCAGCCCUGUUCGUCCUGGUGGGAUGCUUUUACGCCUCGUUCAACAGUUUCCUGGUUUUCGUCACGUUCUUUUACCAGGACUACCUUGCACUGGGCGAGAUCGAUACUACUCUGCGCUUUCUCCCUGCCGGUAUCGCCGGGUUCCUGAUAUCCUUCGCCGUGUCCCCGGCCCUCUCUCGCAUCCGUGCCUUUUACAUCCUCGUCUUCGGGCUGGCCUGUAGCGUCAUAUCCCCGUUCAUCAUGGCCGUCCCCAUCCCCCCUAGCACGUCCUACUGGGCGUACGGGUUUCCGGCCAUGUGCUUGUGCCUCAGCAUCGAGGUCGUCUGGCCUGUCGUCAGCCUGCUUAUUGCCGCCAGGCUGUCCACCGCCGACCAGGGAAUGGGGAGCGGACUCUUGCAGAGCGUCAACAACGUCGGACGAGCGCUGGGCCUUGCGAUUGCCACUGCGGUUCAGACGAAGACGCAGGGCUUCGAUGAGGCGGACGUCGAUACGUUUGAAGGCUCCGCCGGGUUUCUCUAUGGCGUACGGGCUGCGCAGUGGACGAAUGUCGGGUUGGCGGCCACGGCGUUGUGUAUCGCGGUGGCUUUCUUCCGGGACCUGGGGCGUGCCUGA